CCCGGCGUACGAUCUCCUGUCCAGGAGGCAGCCUCGGCGUGCGCCCUUGCUUGCCUACCCGCCUGCCCAACCGUCCGUUCUUGUCGCCGCUCCCCCCGCUAAAUUAACCAGCGUACAUCAAUGAGGAGUCCAGGCAUGUCUGUGUUUAAACAACAGAAAGUAGAGGACAUUUAUGAAAUUGGCGAAGAGCUAGGAAGCGGCCAGUUUGCUAUAGUGAAGAAAUGCCGAGAGAAGGUCACGGGGAUGGAAUACGCCGCCAAAUUUAUCAAGAAACGACAGAGCCGUGCCAGCCGCCGUGGCGUCCGACGAGAGGAGAUCGAAAGGGAGGUCAACAUCCUGCAGCAGAUCCUUCACGCCAAUAUAAUCAAGCUGCAUGACGUGUAUGAGAACAAGACUGAUGUGGUCCUGAUCCUCGAGCUCGUGUCUGGAGGAGAACUUUUUGAUUUCCUGGCCCAGAAGGAGUCGCUGAGUGAAGAGGAAGCCACACAGUUCAUUAAGCAGAUCCUAGAUGGUGUCAGCUACUUGCACGACAAGAAAAUAGCCCAUUUUGAUUUAAAGCCUGAGAAUAUUAUGCUGCUGGAAAAGAAUAUCCCCAUCCCGCACAUAAAACUGAUUGAUUUUGGUCUGGCUCAUGAAAUAGAAGAUGGCGUUGAGUUUAAAAAUAUUUUUGGGACGCCAGAAUUUGUGGCACCAGAAAUAGUGAACUACGAGCCUCUUGGGCUGGCUGCAGAUAUGUGGAGUAUAGGAGUUAUCACCUACAUUCUGCUUAGCGGGGCUUCGCCAUUCCUCGGAGAUACCAAACAGGAGACGCUGGCCAACAUCACAGCUGUGAACUAUGAAUUUGACGAAGAGUUCUUCAGCCACACCAGUGACCUCGCCAAAGAUUUCAUUCGGAAGCUUCUGGUAAAAGAUACCCGGAAACGACUCACCAUCCAAGAAGCUCUCACUCACCCCUGGAUCACGACUCACCAGCCCAAGGAAGAAACGAAGGUCCCAGAAAGCAAAAGGGCUGAGAACCAGCAACUGAAGACCAAGCGCCUGAAGGAGUACACCAUCAAAUGCCACUCCAGCAUGCCACCCAACAACACGUACAUCAACUUUGAGCGCUUUGCCCAUGUGGUGGAAGACAUCUCCAGGAUGGAGCAGAACUUCAGUGCUCUGGCUGUGUCCCAUGAUGCUUUGCAAGAGGACAUUGACGCCCUCGUUUCCAUCUACAACGAGAAAGAAGCUUGGUACAAAGAAGAACAUGAAAACGUGAGACAUGAACUUUCCCAGCUGAAGUACGAGUAUCGCAAGAUUGAAUCUCUGAAGAAGCACCUGCAGGAGGACAUCAGGCUUGUGGGCAGCAGCCUCACUGGGGUUGCUAGCAAGUACAUGGACCGGCAGUCACAUUACGAGUCCUUGAGUAAGGAAUUGUCCGAAGAACUCAAGUGGAUUCAAGAAUUUACAGGCAGCUCUCAGCUGGAAGAUGGAGGUGAUGCCUAUAUCACUGGAAAUUUUGGCUCCGUCUUUAACAAAGAUAUAAAUGACUCUCUUAGGGAGCUGCUAAAUAGAUCCUGCUGUGAAGAAUUCCUAGCUGCCUUGAACCCAGGCGUUGCAAAAUCAAGUCAGUAACUCUGUCUAAAAUGGAGUUUCAGAUUUGUCUAUUCACGACACCUCAAGAUUCCUGCACACUAAUGGUGAAGCCCCACUUGUUCACUUUAUUUCUGAAAAACAUAAUUGACAGUCACUGUUGCAGUUGGCUUUUUGAACUCUGAAAAUAUAUGUGCCACAACACAGGGCAUAUGAACUCUUGCCAUUCUUUUUACCCUUUUUAACAGGGAGGCUGUGAAUUUUGCCAGUUAGAAAUGACUUGAAAUUCCUUUGAAUGACACCCUGUUCUCUUUUUGAAGCAUACUUUGCAUUUCAAAGUGAAAGCCUUUGCUGUCAUUGUACUUUGGAAGAUGGAAGCAGCUUACUGUUACCAUGUGAUACCUCCUAAAUACCUGAUUGUAGAUAGUUAAGCAUCCUUAACAGCCUCUAUUGCUGUCCUGUGAAAGAGUCAGCAGUAAGAAUGCAUUGAUUUGAAACUCAGUAUGACUGGUGCUUUUAAUAGCGAUGGAUUCAGAUGUACAAGCUCUUUCUUGCCCACAGCACCCUCUGCAAUCCUGAGCGCAGUCUACUUCAAACAGUAGCAGGCAUUUCAGCUGAAAAGCAGAAUCGUGAAUGGGUUACAGAGUGAAUGGAGAGCUCUAAAAUCAACUCUACACUCAGCAUAUUGACUGGGGUGAUGCGUAAGGCAUUGUCAAGGGACUUGACAUUCCACCCCACCCCAAGCAAAGAACAUGGUCCAGUGAAGGAACCAGAUGACUGAAGACUCCUGUUGUGGAACCUGAGACUUUGUUUUUGUUGCUGUUUUGACUCAGAUUAUUAGAAGGAGAAAGUGUGGGAGGGGGGGAGUGCACACAUUUUUGUUCCUGCUUUUGAAAGAGAAGAGCAUUGCCUGGGCAGCAUUGGUCUUCUCAAAUAUGUAACUAAUUUCACACUUAUAGAAACAAUAAAUAUUUAUUUCAUA